AUGCUAGGAAACCUUAAUAGUGUCAACAGCAGUUUUCGUCAUUCCUCUCCAUUGGUGAGAUCAAAUGACAUCACUCCUACUGAUUUAUCAGCCUGGACAUCAAAAAACCACUUUAGAACCAGCUCAAAUGAUAUGGGAUCCAAAACUCCUAUAACGACGAAAUCUUGUGCAAUUCCUGGCUACUCUGGGUAUAUCCCAGGCGCAAGGGCUGACGAUAAUUUUGGCUCCACCUUUACUAAAACAGUAAAAGAGCAAUUUAAUCGUCAAAAAUAUUUAAACCCACGGGCAACUGAAAGGUUCCCUAACCGUCCUUAUGAGUCCUCUUCUCCUAUGAGAAGGACACAUGGAAAAUUUGGGGGAGGACUUGAAGAGGAAUAUCAUACGAUUUCUAGAUUCCACGGGAAAUGCACGAUCCCACAAACCCAUCCUAAUUAUGCUGACGAUUCAUUCGAGACUACUUAUAGAAAAUCUUAAAUCUAUAUGCAUUGAAUUGCAGAGAAAUCGUUUCGUGGUUUAAAUAGUUAGUCUCCUCCUAUUAUUUAGCUAGAAAAAGGAUAUGUAAACCAAGAAAAAAAAAGACCUGAAAUAUAUAGAACUACAGAUACAGGGUUCUGAAAAAACGUACAGGUGUCUAAUAGACUAUCAUACAAUAAACUGGAAUGGUAAGCAGCUUGCUUAACAUCUGUGGUCGGAGGCUCAUUGGGAAAGCGGGGGACUUUGCGGGAGGGCAGUGUUCGGAAAUGUGCAUCCGACAAGAUUUUACUUGAUUUGGUGGAAUGCAACGUUAGGAUUUGCUACUGCAUGCUCGCAUCAGGUAAAGGUUUAACCUCGUGGGAAGAUGGUUCGCAGGAUAUUGAAAUGGGACACUCAAAAAGGCCAGAGGUUGUCGCUUUGCCAAUAGCCAAAUCCCUAGCGUGAUGCCAGGCGUAUGUCGUGAGCUCCUGGCUCCAUUUUGGUGUACAGCUCGAGCAGAAAAAUUUAAUUUUUUAAUUUUGAGAAAUCACGAACCUCUUGACAUAUAGCACCAUGACCUAGCGUCUUUGGCUCUCAGGUAGUGAGUGCAAACCCUCAUCCAUGAGGAGGAACACUUACUUACUUAGUUACAUAGUUUUUAAGGUGUCUAGUGCCCACACCCCUUAAUGAAAAAGUGUCAAAGCGACAACUAGUGACGUCACCAAGCCAUCUUGGAAUAUGUGGUCAGCCCACACCCAAGCCUUCUAUAAGGCUAGUCGCCAGAUAAAUCGCCGCACAUCUCACCCGGCGCGUUGCCGUCGCUCGUCCAGACUCAACUCCUGCGCGUGUUCCGCCUAAGGGUCAUCCUCCCGUGGGGAUGUGCUGAGAGGUAAAACUCCGAAAUCUUGAGUGCACUGAGGAGCCGUGCCUUUGGUUAUCCCCAAAGUUUAAACGGCUGUUGCUGUGCAGAAGUUCUCGAGAGAAAACCCAGCCCCAUAAAUAAAAUUCCAUGAGGGAGAGAAAAUUGGCAGAGCCAAUUUCUCUCGAACCGAAUGCCAUUUUAUUUAUGCCAUGAGGAGGAACACAGUGGAAGGGAGUGUCUUACUGGCAAGCAAACGGUUGAAAGUUAUGCAGAGGUGAGAAGUGGCCUGCAAGAGACUUCUAUAUAAGUAAUUUAAGCAAGUCUAAUAGGCCAUCUACACAAGCCUCUGGAUUUGUGCAGAACUCAACGCUUUUUGAUGGGCAUGGGUGGGAGCCUAUUAAAAAAUUGCAUGGAGACAUGGCGACAAGUGAGUAUAGAAAUCGAUUCAAUCCAGAAAGGGCAUUCCAUCCAUUGCCAUUAAAGCAAAAUCUGCGAACUUUGAAAAAGAAAGCUUUAGUUUAUUAA